UGAAGAAAAGAUCCAGAUCCAAAUCACAGGAUUCUAAAAAGGCCACACCCAAGGCAAAGAGAUCAACACCAAAGAAGACCUCCAAGAAGACCAAGGAAGAAGAGAAACCUAAGAAGAAGGUAGCAAAAAGGUCAGAGAAAACUACAGAAAAAACGAAGAAAACUACAACAAAAGCCAAGAAACCACCAGCUAAGAAGGCUGCUACUCCAAAAGCAAAGAAGGCAAAGAAAUGAAAUCACUUAAACUAGGUUUAAUGUAAAUAAUGUAGAAAUAUUUAUAGGGACUUGUACAUAGUGUAGAUGUGCGACAUAGACAGAUUGGACAAUUAGACGGUUUUUAAAAAUGAUUUUAUGAAGGCGUUUCAAUUGGCAUAUUUGACCACUCUUCAGUUGUUCAAUAACUUGACUUUUUUAAUACCAGAGGACCUGGUAAUCUACGAAUACCUAGCAGGUUGGAGAGGGGUACGAGAAUAAAAUAACGUAUUGGCUAACGUCUACAAAAAAGCAUCAGUGGAAUGAAUGACGAUUUACUCUACAGUGAAAGUGGUCAUAACUUCUAGAUGUUUUAAAUACUUCUACAAAGGCUCACUAUAUGUAUUACUUCUUCUAUACAUGAACUUUAUGUUCUGGCUUCAAACAUAAAAAAUUAAGAUUCUAUAUAGAAUAAAUUUUAUUAUCUGAAUUGUGUCUUAAAUGCAUGUUGAAUAAUACAAUGAAUAAAAUAAUUAUCUAUAAAAUGGGAUUAUGCAG